UAAGAAUCACCGUGAACAUAUGUUUAAAUGGUAAAACUAUCAGAUACCUCAACCCAUAAGUUACAUCUAAUCGACGGAAAUUACUAUCAAUGAAAACUGCACCGUUUCAAGAGAAACGUUAAACGUGAUGAUUCGCUUCUCGCGAGACUAUGAGACUUCUGGAUAAGCUGUUUUCAAAAUGGCGUCGAAGACUGCGUUCAUUGUAUUGGCUGUGUCGACGUUGUGUGUGGCAGGUGUGCUGUUGGUGUAUUUCACCGCCCUGAAAUCACCGGAUGUCAGUGUGGAUGUUCACGCACGAGCUGCGGCAACUACAAUUAAAGCAGCCACGACCACUCCAAAACCAGUCGUGUGUUACCACUGCACUGAUCUCAGCUGCUACACGUCUCCCGUGAGCUCCAACUGUGUCGGCAACAACACCUACUGCAUCUCCGAAGUUACCGACCACAGCAACGGCAACCGAGACAUCAUCAAAGGAUGUGCCUCACUAACACAGUGCCAGCAGAGUUACUCCGCCACCCGAGCCCAGCCUCGUUGUCUUGGUAUUGACCACCAGGUGUCAGGCUAUGCGAUCACGUGCUCCUUCUGUUGCAAGGGAGAUAACUGCAACAGGGGCCCUCACCUAACGCCAACUGAAGGAGUCCCAUUCGUGGGGAAGGCGAUCGUUGGAUAGAUGAAUUGGAUAACAUUCAAAUAUUUGUACAUCUUUAGUAACGAGGAAUUAUUUGUAGAUUCUGUUAUUACAACCCGUACUUCAAUAUUAAUAAAAAAAAUACCCAGUUCUAGUGCA